UUUCUCGUACGUGGUCCGUUCCUGUCCCGUUCGAAGCUCGAAGCGGGAGGAAGUAGCCGCUGUGUUGCCCGGUGUUGAUGUUUCUUGAAGAAGAAGAAGCACCACAGGAUGGACAUGACUACGUGUUUGAAGUCUCUGUUGCUGGCUAUCCAGCAGUACAGAGACGGCAGGACAGCGCAUAACGCAGCGCAGCUGCAGAAACAAGUGGAGGAGGUUUCAGGCCUAAAAUGUGAGAAGCUGCUGUCCUCAGGCCAUGUUCUUCCCCGUGAGUGUGUGAGUGGGCUGGUGGAGCUGGCUGGAAACCCAAACACCAGCCCGACCCUGACGAGCUCCAUCAUCUCCCUGCUGGUUCAACUAGCCUGUGAUGAUGACAGUCGGGAGAUUCUUCACAGCAGCUACAACCUCACCAGCACCUUGGCGUCUAUCAUCCACUACCACAGCGCCACCCCAGGAGAGCCCCUGGUACUGCAGUGUCUGCAGGUGCUGCAGAAACUGACUUACAACACUCGCAUCUUCCAGUCUACAAACUACAUCCACGAACUCAUCGCUUUUCUUAUGACCAAUAUACAGUCUCACAAUGACGAGAUCAUCAUGCCGUGCCUCGGCCUCAUGGCCAACCUGUGUCGUGACAACCACUCAGUGCAGAGCCACAUCAAGUCUCUGGACAAUGUAAAGCCGUUCUAUCGUACUCUGAUCAACUUCCUGGCUCACAACAGUCUGACUGUGGUAGUCUUCACAUUGUCCAUACUGGCCAGCCUCACUCUGAAUGAGAAGGUUGGAGAAAAGCUCUUUGAUGCAAAGAACAUCCACCAGACUUUCCAGCUUGUGUUCAACAUCAUUGUGAAUGGCGACGGUACUCUGACAAGAAAAUACUCUGUUGACCUUUUGGUUGACUUGUUGAAGAACCCCAAAAUAGCAGAUUACCUCUCUAGGUAUCAGCACUUCUCUGCAUGCGUGUCUCAAGUUUUAGGACUGCUUCAAUCAAAAGACCCAGACUCUGCAGCAAAGGUGUUAGAGCUUCUCCUGGCCAUGUGCAGUGUCUCGGGGCUGUGUUCGCUGCUGUGCGAGGUGGUUUUCAGACCGGCUGGACCCAAACUCAGGGCCGCAGGCCGCAGGCAGGGUGCGGGACUGGACGUUGGACGCAAAGCUGAGUCUGGGCUUGCCCUGGUGCAGUGGCUGAGCUCGCCUGUGGAGGGCGCCGAGCCCUGCUCGCUCCAGGCACUGCAGCUGUUGAAUGAGCUGCUGGAGGAGGCGCUGGGAGCAGAGAGUGUGUCUGAAUGUGUCCUGAGCUUCGUAGAAAUGUUGCUUCCAGUCCUGUUAGGGCUGCUGAAGGGCCUCGAUCCUGCGCAGGGAGACGCCCACCUCAGAAACCACUGCCACCGCAUCACACAUGUCACCAGUCUGCUGCUCAUCCUGUGUGCUGAGGACUCCACCAGAUCUUUGGUGUCCUGUCAGGUGAGCGCUCAGCUCUGCCUCUCGCAGGUUGAAUCCCUCCUCUCCUGUUGUCAUAGCAACAGCCCCCUCACCUGCCUCCCUCCUGGCUCUGACAACGACCUCAGUCAGGUGUGUGCGGAAGCUCUGCUGAGGACUCUGGAGUUAAUGAGCAAACUGAGGCAACAGGUGAAGGACAUGGAGACCAGCUUCUACAGGAUGUUACAGGACCAGAGGAUCGUCACUCCCCUCUCUCUGGCUCUGACGUCCCACCACAGAGAGCGUGUGCAGACUGGACUCUCUCUGUUGUUUGAAGCAACACCCCUCCCAGACUUCCCCUCACUGGUUCUGGGAGAAAGUAUUGCCGCCAACAACGCCUAUCGCCAGAGGGAGGCUGAGCUGUCCGUCAAACGUGUUGCAGUGCCAGAAGUCCCGCUCUCCAGAACUAACACCAGCGUACUGGACUCUUCCAGUGGUUCCAGCAGGAGUGUCCACAGUCUGGUUGAGAAGAUACAGAAUAGCUUAGAGCUGCAGGAACAGGUUAAGGACUCACACGUGUCUGAGAUCAUCAACGUUUAUGAACAGAAGCUCUCGGCAUUUGCUUCUAAGGAGAGUCGACUGCAGGACUUGUUGGAGGCAAAGGCACUGGCUCUUUCUCAGGCCGACCGUCUCAUCGCUCAGUAUCGCUUCCAACGAGCUCAAGCUGAGGCCGAGGCCUGUAAGCUGGGCUGUCUGCUGAAGGAGGCGGAGCGUCGUCGUGAGGAUCUGCAGGGCGAGCUGAGCAGCCAGGUGCUGGAGGUGGAGCGCUCCAAGGCCGAUAUGGAGGAGCUGCUGCAGCACAACGCCAGGCUGCAACAGGACUCGGAGGAACACCAGGCCCUCAAAGGAUCCUACAACGCUCUGCUCAACAGGUUCAACGAAAGCGAGCGGCUGCUGAAGGAGCUGCAGACGGCUCACAUCUCGCUCACCAAACAGAGCGACACUCUGAGGAAGAACCACGAAGCACUGCAGCUGCAGCACGAAAAGAUGGCGUCCCUGUUGGAAGAGAGAGAGGAGGAGAUCAGAUCCCUCCAUUCAGAUCUGCAGCAGAUGAACAGUGACAUCGCAGGUCUGCGUGGUGAACUGAGGGCCGAGGAGGAGAAGGUGAAGGAAAAGGAUGAAGAGAGGAGAGAACUGGAGGAGACGGUGGAUGUUUUGAGGAAGGAACUUAACAAGACGGAGCAGGCCAGGAAGGAUGCCAGCAUCAAGGCGUCGUCUCUGGAGCUGCAGAAGAGCCAGCUGGAGGCGAAGCUGAAGCAGAAGGAGGACGAGCUGAACAAACACUCAGCGAUGAUCUCCAUGAUCCACAGCCUCAGCAGCGGCAAGUUGAAGAGCGACGUCAACCUGUCGCUCUGAGGAACGCACAACGAUGCAGAUGAGUGAUGAAGAAAAAUCAUCGAUUUAAAAAAAACACUUUGUGGACUAUGAUCUUAAUUUUUAAACUUAUAAAACUUUUUUUAUACUUAAUAAAACACUUCAUGAAAUAUACUAAACUAAGCUUGUAUUUUUAAAGUCAAGGUCAUGUUGAAAUCUUUGAAUGUUUCCUGUAUGUGUCUGUGUUUGUAUUGUUUGGUAAAUAAAUGAUGGCUCUGUA